AUUACAAAAUAAUGUUUCGCACUACUGGCAUGCGGAUUAUCGUUCAGAAAUCUCGCGUUGCGUUGGAUGGUAAUGUUAUUUCUAAUAAAACGGUGAAAGGUCAAGCCUCGCAGUACGACAGUUCAAAUAUACCGAAUGUUAAAGGAUUUAGUGAUGCUGUUGUAAAAGUUCCAGAUACACCCGUGGGAUAUGCUGGUGCCUCGAAAAAUACAGAUUAUAAAAAUCCAGAGUAUUAUUGCUAUCAUGUGGAUUCCUUUGGUGAUUCUAUGGUAGAAUUAGCCAAGUAUAGACUACCAGCUCCAUCGAAUAAAGCAAACGAUUAAAUUACACAUUAGUAUAAAAUUAAAUUGUUUAAUAAAGCGAUGCAUUUGUAAAUUUUCUCAUCGUAGUAA